AUGAUUGAUGAAAAUGAAAAAGACUCUGAUAGUGAUUAGAAUUAUUAAGGACAGGCGCUAGCCAUAUUAGUGAUGAAUCACCAAAGAUGGGAGAUUCAUCCGCUUUACAACGAACUGGCAAGUAGGUCGAGAAGUAGCCGACAUAGUUGUCUCCUCCUUUCUUGAGGCUUUAGUCUUGGAUAGACUUUUGGAUUCUGCAGCCUACGAUAAGCUAUUGAAUGGCUUGAUUCCAAAGAUUAAGCUACAAGAAAAUGAAUGUUCCCUUUGCUGGGGCUAAACCCCCGAUUUCUCGGUAGAGGAUGCCCAAGGCUCCAAAGGGCAUUGCAUGACACCUCCUUUUCAUCUACAAGAAAGUAGUUAAAACCUAAUCGAAUACACAUUUGCUGAGGCUACGCUUGCUUCUCAGCUUGAAUGGCAUCCCGUUCCAGUUCAUGGCAACUUUAAGGUCCUAACUGUUGCGCCAAGAGCAGUGUCGCCAUUUAGUAUAUGAUGACUUUGAUAGUGACAGUCAGGAAAGUCAGCACAUUGAUCCUAUAAAUCAGCUUAUUUUGGAAACUUAAACCCCUUCAUAUUAAAAAGAAAUUUUUAAUUAAAAAAAAAUUAUUAAAAAAUUUAAUUAUUUUGUUAAGCAUAUUAUCUUUAGUGAGAAGCUCUCAAAUGCCUCAGCUAAAAUGAUGGAUUAAGGAAGAAACCUGUAAACUCUGAAUAUUUUUCAGUCUUAAAGCGAAUAAAACCAGGAUACAGAGUCCGUCAAAGAGAUAAAGAUUUUUAUAAUAAAUCCCCUGAAGCAGUUUCUGAAAGAUCUAAAAACUAUCUAACAGAAGCCGGUUUUUCCUAUGGCCGAUUUCACUUUUCAGACCCUUUCAAAGACCAGCGUGCAGGCCGUCCUCGAAUCCGAGCUGCAGGUCCUAUAAUUGACCAGCCAGCCGAAGAUCUUCCUCCUAUAAAAUUCAAUGACAAAUUUUCCCCCAAAAUAAUUGAAGGUUUUCGCAAGCCCUCCCCAAUAAUUCCACAAAAAAUAGAAUCCAUCAUAAAAACCCACAGAGAUUGAAAUUUAGAUUCUCAAAGAAAUGAAUCCCCAAGCCAAAUAAAGGCAAAAGAAUAUUUAAUGUACGUUAACUGCGUCAGCCCAGCUGAAAAAAGUCAUCUCAAAGCCAAAAUAAUUGCUGACAUGAAUUCUUAUAAAAAAAAAUUAGAAAAAAACGCAGACAGUGAGCUUGCACAAUUAAAUGGGCGUGGAAUGUUUUCAAACCAAAUAAAUAAAACUAGGGUGCAAGCAAUGAUUGCUGUGAGGCUGCAAAAUAAGAGAAUGAGCCUUAGCCCAGUUUUGAGAGCGGCAAAAGAAGAGCUAUCGAGGAGUAAAAUUAAGCAGUUUACAGUAUCGCCGAUAAAAACUAAUUUGAUUGAAGAGAGUGAAGUAAUUGAGCAUGAGAGAGGAAAAAAGCUGCUUAAAGUAUAAAAUUAGCAGAAAAUAAAUUAUUUAUUGUAAUAAAAAUACUAUAAUUUUUUUAGAAUUGGAGGCUGGAGAUUAGAAUUUAAGUAAUGUUUCAUUUUUAAUAGAUAUAAUUGAAGGAGCAGUUGCGAAAAAAAUUGUAAGAAAUAAAAGAAGAAAAUCAAGCUCGCUUCAAGAUGAGCUGCUAUAUAAAUCUGAAUGAUUAAAAUAUGGUAUCUAAGUCUGGGCAUGGCCGGAAGCCAUGCAGUUUUGAGCACAUAUUUUAAUUAUAUCGGCAAGGCUUUUACAGCUCAGAAAUGGACAGCUGUACUAGGUAAUCAAUCUUAAUCCAUUUAGGGUUAGCCUUAGUCCGAUUUCAGAGAAGAUUUUACUUCGAAGGAAAGGAAAACUUGAAGUUGGAAAGGGGAAGCCCAGAAAGCCUUUUAGGCCUUUCGGGAAGCUCCCUAGUGUGAAACAAGGAGCUACUUUUGUUAACAGUCGGCCAGAAAUUCCAUUUUUUGGAAUUUCUGUGCCGGCAACCUCGUCUGGCGUACUACAUGAUGGCCAGCCCACUUAACUCUUGGUAGACUCGAGCCUAAGGCGGAGAGGAGUUAACCCUCUUGUGGGGUGUGCGCACCAGCGGGUGCUACCUGAGCUUCUCGAUAAUACAACAUAAUGUUAAUUCUGUAUAAAUCUGAAUGAACAGAAGCAAUAAAUGCAUCUGUUCACGAAACAAUGAAGCACUGCAGGCCUGAUUCAAGAAUAACAAAUCUAGGUCCACUAAGUUUAAAUAAUUCUGUGUUUUAG